AUGGCGUGAGUCUUUUGCCACACUUGGUAAUAACUUCGUACUCUUCACGGUUCGUGCGUAGAUCAAGGAAACAGGGUUGACGAAAAUAGUGCAUUGGAUCCGACUUAUUAAGUUUCUCAUAACGAGCAGCAGUUCUCUUCUUUUGGACCGUUAUUCCUAUAGUGCGCAAUUAGCUGAGGCUCCAGCGACUCGUUCGGCCCCAUCGAACGAUCGCUGAAAAAGUAAAUUACCAUUUGCAAUCACAGAAGAAGUAUGUUUCUUAAGGAUUACCUGUUUCCCGUGCAAAUUAUUUCAAUAUCAUUAUAAGACUUUGUCGUCUAAUAAUAAUAGAGGAUACAAUCGUGACGACGAUAGGAAAUAGUAAAAAAGUUAAAAGUAUCGAAGAAUUCGAAAUAUUUUUGAUACUCUCUACUGUUAUCACAUAGUUUCUAUCAAUAUUAUCAAAUUACAAUAACGACAAAAGCGAAAUAAGAAUAUUUUCAUUCACGAAUGACAAUAGAUCCAGCAUUCGAACAAUCACAAUCAAUCGAAUACCGAUCUGUUCGAGAUCGCUAUAUUCUUUCUCCGAUUUUCACUUAUAAUUCACUUCCUUCUCGAACGUUCUAGACAAAAGAAUAGAGAGACCAUUGCCAAGAAAAAGGAUUAAAAAUGGUCCCAAACGUUACACGUUGUUCAAUAGCAAUUUCGUCCAGGUAACGUACAACAAGGAAUCGCGAUUACAAGAUUGACGAGAAGGUAGGGAGAGUGGUCGAAGUGAAUGGCUUUCUCGUUGGAUCCGUGGAUCUUCAGUAUUUCUGGUUCCAGUCGGACCGAUGGAUGGUCUCUUCUCGGUGUGCUAUUUGUUACAUCGGCUGAAUCGGUCUCCUCAAUGUUCAAUGUUCGAUCGUAGUUAAGAAAUUUAGCAACGGAACGAAAAAUUCAGUGCUCGAACCUGCAGGACGUGUUCCUUUUAUUUUUUUUUUUUUUUUUUGCCUGUGCGGAAACUGUGUGAGUAAAAUUCGAAUAAUCUUCAUUUGCUUCCAAUUUAAAAUUCGAUUUGAACACACUUCGAAACAAAAAUCGAGGAUGAAUUAUUAUCUGAAAUUCUAAAUAACGCGUAAAUUAAAUACGAUCGAUUGGAAGAAUUUAGAAUAAUUUAAAGAUGUUGUUCAAUUGAUGUAGUGUUUUUAAGAAUUUUCGAUUUAAAUAUACGAAUUGAAGGUUGAAUUAGUCAAACGAUAUUAAUCAAAAAGGCAGCAGUUGGGUUUUCGUUCUCCGUUUAGGACUCUGUUGAAUAAUUAUCGUUCACGCUGCGCGGCGUUUCCACUUCUUUUCUCUUUACGUUCCUAUGAACGAUCUCGGGAAGAUCUAUGCACCGCGAUCUUGAUGUAUUCCGACGUUGAACGUCAGUUUAUUUUUUCAAAUCUGAUAAAACGCACGUUCCACGAACGGUGUCAACGAUCGAUGUUAAGAUAGAGAAGAAAACAGGCUGUCUUCUGAAUUUCGGCCAACAACUGAAUCCAUAAUGGAUUAACGGGUUUUAGAAAGUUUCACGAAUUAUCGAUGACCUGUGACAUUUGCAUAUUCUGAUCAUUUGCAAUGAUCGUUGUUAAAUACUGGUAAUAAAAAAAGAGAUUGACAUUUCGUUUAAAUCCGCGGAAGAAUCAUCGAAAUAUCUUUGCCUUAUCUCGAAUAAAAAAUUACCACACGAUCGUUUUCCUUAUUUAAUUCAGUUUGAAAAAAAAAAAAAAAAAAAAAAGAAAAAGAAUGAUUGGAUUCAGAGAUGACCCUGAAUUCUCGACGAAGAGCAGUGUACACGUGGGCUGAUUUUUAAGUGUGGCCACUCUCUCCGGACGACUUUUCAGUCCUGAACAACAUUUCGAUAGUUUUCUCUUCAAUGAUACAUUGUCUCUUUUUCAUCGAGUUCCGAGAGCAUGCAUCAAACAUUCCGUUUGAAAGAUCGUCUUUGAUAUACGGCUAAUAUUCCACGAUCCAGCAUUUAUGCCUCGUGGCUCUUAUACCGAUGCCUCAAUGUCCCGAUUCAUAAUUUGCCGGCUCUUGCCACGCGAAAGAAAUAUCCUCGAUGUUUUGCGGAUCUACGAUUUCUUUCCCAUGUAUGAAAGAUUCACGAGUUUCUGGCUGAAAUCGUUAGAUGUCUUAGAAUUUUAAUUUUAACAAGGGGUAAUGAUGAUACCGUAACAAAUCUUAACAGCAUAGCAAGGGAAAUGAUUAAUGGAAACGUUUCGUGUCAACGUGACUACAUUCACCUUGACCGAAGAAAGUGUUACACCGGUUUUUAACCCGUGCUGGUCGAUUCAUGAAUGUACAACCAUACCCAGUGCGUCUACCUUUUCUCGCCUCUGUCGAUUUUUUGAUUGGGUCUCAAUCCCAUUCGAAUUGAGAAUGUAAUACGUACAUAGUAAUAAAAGUGCGACACUGUUCGUUCUUUCCGCACGAAAGUAAAAAUGCUCUUGGAAAGUAGAGUAGAUAACAGAAGAAAGGAUGUCAGCUGAUAAUCAUUCUAAACGCGUAAUAACAUUACAGUGUGAACAGUUUUCGCAUAACUAGUUUCCUUCCCCUACUUGGUUAACGACGGUAAGUGGGACGUUUCGAGAGCAAACGUUCAAAGUAGUUUUUUACAUUUAUUGAUCCUUCUGAUCGCAAAGAACACAAAUUGAAACUGUCAGUCAACAAACCGCUCCCUAAAGUUUCUGUAUCGAAUUUUAUUCGAAGGAUUAUUUUAGAACGUAAAAAUUCGAGUUUGACAGAAGGAUUAGUAGGUCUUUCAUUAAUUCCAGAACGAUGAGCGCGACGAUGAUCUUGUUGAUCCUCGUGAUAGGAUUAACCAACGGUCAAUUGAACUUCGAGGGUAACCCGUUGACGGAGAACACGGAGUACGCCGCCGUGGAGUCACGAUUCUCCGAAAAAACAGCGAGACGAGAAGAAACCGCAGCGAACGUGACCAGGAUCUCGACCGAAUCUUCUCAGAACUUUCGCCUAUUAUCUCCUGAAAACGCUAAAAACGCGUCUCAAUUUGCGGAACUGAUAAAAUUUCACGCCGACGAACACCUGACGUCAAGUCAAGGGGACUCGUCACACCUUACGAAGCAACAAGACAUCGUUCAAACUGGUCGUCAUCUGUCUGCGAACACGUACGGUCAAACGACCGCUUCAACAAUCAACAACAAGGCGGGAGCAGCGUUGAACACUUUCCUAAAUUCAAAAACGCCGGAGGAAUCACGUCUGUCUCUGGACUACUACUUACAAAGCAGAGAAACCUCGGGGAAUGCUCAACCGGCGGUCGCUAAUCAACAGCAAUUAACGCAACAGCCAGUAAUGCGAGUUAAUCAGCAGCCCGUGUCUUCUCCGGUGAACCAACACUUGACUGCGCAACUCAUGCAACAAAGACAGGCGUUGCAGGCUUUUCCAACUAGACAAGUGGUUAAUCAACCGACCUACAGUGUGCCUGCGAAUCUGGCUGAUCCUCGUCCGACUGUGUCAAAUCCGGCGGCCGUAUCUUUGAUGCAGCAACAGCAAACGUUGCAAUUACCGUACGCGCCUGGAAUUCAAACGAGAAACGACGUUUAUUAUCCUGGAUGGUACCAACGUGUAAGAAGAGUGCGAGGGAAACCGUUUCCUUACGCGCAAUCGAGGAUCGGGCCAGGAUUCUACGCCGGUCCUGUUCCUCCAGCGCCGUUCAAGGAGAAAGGCCCACCCGUCGAAGUAAUUUACACGAAGCCGCCAGGAUUUCAUCGCGGGCCAUUCCCUGUGAAAAGCAAUCCUCCUGUUCCGUACGAAGACGCCAGUGCUUGGUUUCCCGAAGCUGAUCAACCACCGUCAGCCAAAGACGUCUACUAUUCUCAAAUAUACGCUCAAUCGUACGACCCUUAUUAUUACAACUACAUCGCCAAAACGGGGAAGAUAAAGCCUCAUCUGUACGGGAAAUUGGGUAAGUAUCACGAGGACGAGGAGGACGGGAUCUGGGCGGAAUUGUAUCGAGGAUUCAAGAAACACGGCCUCAAGAAUAUCAUGACGCCGACGUUUCUGUUGGGAAUGACUCUUCCAGUGGUCACUCUGAUGCUUACGGCUCUCGUACAGAAGAGAUCUAUGUCCAGAUCGGACUCGAGAGAACUCCCAACGGAGAGCACGAUUCAGGAUUAUUUAGAGCAAAUCCAGAGAGCCGUGGAAUGUUACGAGAGGAAAAGAAGGAAGAGAGAUGCGAACGUAGACGAAUGUUAGAAUUGAUCCUAUUGAUUUAGUGAAUGUGGAUAUUGAAAUGGGCAACGGGAAGGAUGUCUAG